GAAUUUUAUCUAACAAUAUCACCAAGCACAAACCGGAAGUAGACACCAUAUUGGAUAGAAAAUGGAAGUAUUAAAGCAAAAUUUGAUUGUAACGUUACAUCGUUUUAUUACGAAGUGAAUUGUGUAACCUAAAUCUUUAAUUAUGAAUCGGACACGACAUUUGACCACCGGUCACAACAAAUGCCGUGAAUAAUCUCCACACAAAGGAACGAAAAGAAAAUUUGGAUUCGGAAGGAAGUUAUACUCAUACCAUGACGGAACAGAAAAGAUGCUGGUCAAACUGUUCUAGAGGCGAUGCCUUUAAAAGCAGUAUAAUUGCGGUUUUAGUUUUAACAGCAUUUAACCUGGUGAUAUAUAUGGCGUUUGAACAUUUUGGAUACUAUGGGAUUCACAGUAGAAUGAAUAAUUUAAUAACAUAUAGUGAAAAUAUAUCAAAUGAAGUAGAACGAAUCGUUCAGCAAUUUAAUGGAAGCGUACUCUCAAAUCGAAAUAUACAUCUGGCUACAGAGGUUUAUAGUAGUACAGGUCGGAGCUCACUACCAGAUUGUCCGAAGACUCCUCCAAAACUAGUUGGUCCUCUGGCUACAUACAGGAAAUCUCCAUCGAUUCCUGAGAUAGAGAAGGAAUAUGCCUGGUUACAUCCCGGUGGCCGUUAUUCCCCUGUGGAGUGUCAUAGUGAACACCGAGUGGCUGUUAUCAUUCCAUAUAGGAACAGAGAGGAUCAGUUAAAGACAUUUCUAUAUAACAUCCAUCCAAUCCUACAGCGACAACAGAUAAACUACGGAAUUUACGUUAUUGAACAGUCUGGAAACAACACAUUUAACCGAGCGCUACUGAUGAACAUUGGUUACGCGGAAUCCGUGAAGAUAUAUGACUACAAUUGCUUUGUAUUCCAUGACGUCGACCUAAUACCGGAAGAUGACAGGAUCCAUUAUGGAUGUGGGAAACAGCCACGCCAUCUGUCGGCAGCUAUUGAUAAAUUUCAAUACAGACUUCCAUAUGGAAACAUAUUCGGAGGCGUUUCUCAAUUAUCCAAAGACGUCUUUGUAAAGAUAAACGGAUUCUCGAACAAAUAUUUCGGUUGGGGAGGGGAGGAUGACGACUUAAGCGCGAGAGUCCGAUCUGAAGGUUUCCGAGUGGAGCGGUACCCUAUGAAUAUCGCCAGAUACAAGAUGUUUAAACAUCAGCAUGAGAGUAGUAACUCACAGAACCCCAAUAGAUUUCAUCUCCUUCAACAAGCGACAAAGAGAUAUAAAACAGACGGACUGAACAGUUUAAAAUACAGGGUGUUAAAUAUAGCCUACAACAAGCUGUAUACGAUGGUGACAGUAGAAGUCAAAAAGUCAGAUUACAAGUUAAAAAGGUGAUGACCUCGCCAGGAUUGAGGUGGGAACACGUGUUCAAUACUGUGCGCUCUCAGAAGAUCGUUAUGUAUAUAUAUGCCAAACACGGUCUCUUUCUGCUUCUGCUAAGAACAUUUUGAAUAAUUCCAAAGCGUUGGAAUUUUGAAGAAAAAAAAGAAAUGAUUAAAACCUCUUCAUUUUUUUUUACAAUGGGAGUGAGAGUAGAACUGACAUUUCCUUCUGAAUAUGGCGUAUAACACACCGGAGACUUGUUUUCCGUAUUAAUGUUGUUCAUUUCAUGUUCAAAUAUGUUUCUGAAAUAUUUUUGUGUUUUGUGUACGGCACAUUAUAUUUUUAUUAAGUUAGUUUUGAAUUGAUCACAACCGUUUUUUGUUUGUUUUUGUUUGUUUUUGGUUUUUAAAGAAUAGUUCCAAGUUAAAAG